ACAGUAUAUUACUUAUAAUUACCUAGGCCAAUUAGAAGUUAGGCUAGUUCAACUAGGCUAUUUGUGUUUUGGACUUAUCUGAUUCCUCUGUCUGUAACUGCAUGCAUUCCAAACGGCUGUUGUCUAUGACGUCCGUAAGCAGGUUUGAGAACCUGUCUGAAUUGAAUCCAAAUGAUAACACAUUGAUACUCAAUAUUUUGAAAUGUCGUCGUGUAUGUCAACCGAAUACUUUAUUUAGUAUAGUAUCAAGAACUUUGUGCUGAUGGAGACAAUAGUAAAUAGUUCAUUUGAUGCGGGAGAGACCAUCCACAGCACUGAAAGGUGUUUCUAUGAAACGAUCGAGACGCAAACGUCUUGGUUUUGCUCAUAAUGUAACACAGUCCAGGAAAUAGGCUAUACUUAGGAGUUAAAGAAGCAAUUGGAGGCUUUGCUUAUCGUCAAUGCUCGAGAGGAAUCAAGCUCUUAGUGCGUUGAAUGCUUGGAGACCGAUGACUAUCCCUAUGUCACAGUGGUUUCGACUCACUCAAUCAUAUGCACUUCAACAUACAGCGCAUGCUUUCACCUUUGCUUUCGCCUAUUCUUUGGGAGUCAUUCCAGGAUAUUUUUUUGAUCACACACUUGCACACAGGGUGAGGACCUGCACAGGCUGUGCAGAGAGCUCACAGAGAGUGAUGCAACCUGGAAGCUGCUGAUGUGCUGAAAAAUAAAGCCAAAGAAAAGCCAGCCAGUGAACUGAACAGGAGAGGGGACAUGGAGUAACAGUGUCUGACUAUACACAGCCGCAGAUAGAGCUUGUUAAUGUGUUGCCAUAUACCAUGACGGAUUCAGUCUGACACAGUGUAAGGUACCCGGAGAUGUACGAUUCCAGAUAGCGCUGUGUAAGCCAUUUCACAAAGGCCCCUAUAGCAGGUGCAGAGACAUCGACUGUGUUGGAUUCACUGACUGUCAGUGCAUGGCUGAAGACCGAUAGAUGGCAUUGGAUUCAUUAAGAAAAAAGUGUGAGAUGAACACGGCCUAAAUAGCACUGGAUGCACCCUUACAGUUGGCAGUGGAUGAGCACGGACAGAUAGCAUUGGGAUUGGCUGAUACAGACGGAGAACGCUAGAGCUAGAUGAGCUACCGCAGAUAGCAGUGUAGAUCCACUGUUAGCGAGCUAGCGCAGGCAGGGAGUUGGAGUGGGAGGCAUAGCACCAUGAACCCCAGAGAGAGCGGAGGAGGAGGAGUGGAGGCCAUGGAGACCCAGGCGGGAGGGCUGGCGUUGGGGGAGGAGGGUGGCAAGGCCAGCCAUGGAGGAGAUGGAGAAGAGGGGGAAGAAGACAAGGCCUCAGCCUACGACUGCAACGUGUGUGGCCGGAGCUUCCCCUUCCAGAGCUCUCUGUCGCAGCACAUGCGGCGCCACACAGGCGCACGCCCCUACAAGUGUCCCUACUGCGACCACCGUGCCUCCCAGAAAGGCAACCUCAAGGUCCACAUCCGCAGCCACAAGCUGCGCACACUCACUAGCCACCACCCCGAGGAGGCGGAGGAUGGGCCAGAGGAGGAAGAGGAGGGGUCAGGUGAAGUGGGUGUGUCCGAGGGCCUGGACGGUGGAACCAGUCCGACGAAGAGCAGCUCGGCCUGUAACAGGGUCGUCAACGGAGACGCUAACACAGAAGAGGGCAUAGGGAAGACGGCGGUGAGGAGCGUCAAAAGGGAGAAGUCGAGCUCUGAGCAGCGGCCAUAUUGCUGCCGUCUGUGUGGGUACCAGACCCAGCGCGAGGACCAACUCCUCAGUCACAUCGAGAAGGUCCACAUCACAGCCGACAUGGAGGACGAGACUAACCCAGUGAGUCAGGAGGCAGUGGCAACGGAGGGAGAAACAGGGACUCAGGUCACUGAUGGGGCCUUCCCCUGUGAGACGUGUGGCCAGGUGUUCACACAGGCCUGGUUCCUUAAGUCCCACAUGAAGAAACACGCAGGCCUCCUUGAGCACUGUUGUCGGGUGUGCGGCCGCCGUUUCAGGGAAGCCUGGUUCCUCAAGAGCCACAUGAAGACCCACACUGGCUCCAAGGCCUCCGGCCGGGGGAAACCCAAGGCAGACUCCCAAGAGGCCGCGGCCACCAUCAACGACGUGGCCCAAGACCCAGAGACCAAUGUGACCUCCACAAACCUUUACCAGGUUUGCUCCAAGUGUGGCAACCUGUUCCAUGACAGAGAGAGCCUGAGGACCCACGAGAAGGUCCACAACCAGGCUAAGCAGCCGACACAGGGCCAGAGACGACCUAGUGAUGACGGGGACUCUCCCAGUGCCAAAAGGCGCCUCCUGGACUACCUCAGCCUCCGCCCAGCUGCCGAAGAAAAGCCCCAGGAAGAGAAGAGGCGCUUGGGCCAGAAAAUCCCCGAGCUGGACCCAGUUUGUAGCUACCAGGCCUGGCAGCUGGCUACUCGGGGCAGGGUUCUGGAGCCUGUGGAGGCAUACAGUAUAAAGGCUACGGCAGGUGGAGAAGGGGAUGAGGUCCUGGCUGGAGGGACCGUGGUGUACGAGAAGGAGAGCAGCCGCUACAUCCUGGAGGGCCAGCAGAGAGAGAGACGCUCAGGGAGACGCAGCAGCACCAGCGGGGGAGGAGGUAGUAGCCACUACACCUCCCCAGGGGAGCACACCCCCGAGAGCGUGAGCGACUCGGAGUACCGUCCCUCCUCCCGCCAGGGCCGACGUCCCUCGUCCUUCCAGCAGAGCCAGACCAAGUCCACCGAGUGCUUUGAGUGCGGAAAGGUGUUCCGCAGCCGCCACCAGAUGAUUGUGCACCAGCGGGUCCACCAGAGGCGAGACGGGGGCAGGGGUUCCGGGUCCGGAGGGGACAACAGGGCAGGGCAAGGAGUGGACCGCUGGGGAUCCACCAGUGACCCCGAAUCAGGCUCUCCCAGCAGGCCCAGCACCCCAGGGUACGGGAACUCACCACCAGCCUCCACCCUGGGAGAGGACGCCCCUGAGAUGAGCACCGCCGAUGCAGUCCAACUGGCAGAUGAGAAGCCUUACGUCUGCAGCCUGUGUGACUUUGUCAGCACGGAGUCCUCUGCCUUCCUGUCCCAUCUACGUCUCCAGCACACCUGUGACGGCCGACCCAUUCCCAACCCCAGCUCCAGCUCUGAGAGAGGCACCCCCAGUAGCUUCCCCAAGCUGAAGAGGGCCCUCCUCGACGGGCUUGCUCAAUCCUCUGUCCCCCACCCUUACCUCUCUGCCCGGCCGUCGAGAGACAAAUGCACCGACGGGAGCAGUUCACCCACUGACCCUCACCAUAUUGCUCCUCUGGACCUGUGUGUGAGAGCCGAGGGUCACAGGGGCCCGGCCUCCUCAGCCCUUCAGCAGAAGGGCCUGCCCAGUCAUAAGUGCUCCUACUGCUCCCACUCCACCCACUACCUGGAGGUGCUGUGGAUGCACCAGACUGUCGCCCAUCGCAUCAACAGCAGUGCCCUGGCCCCCAAAUGGGCCCUCCUGAAGAAUGGCUUCAAGGGCCCCCGAGAGGGUUCGUCCUCCAGGAGACGCACGGGCCCUCCUCCCGCUCUGGAUGGGAGGGAGUGUCCCCCGUUGCCCCCUGUGGUGCGCACCCCCCGCACACGCCCCCCAUCGUUGAAUGGGGGCCAGAAGAAAGACGUCAGGGACAGGGCAGCCAGUCAACCCAGCACCUCUUCCUCCUCCACACAAGGAUCCUCCUCCUCUGCCUCAGGCUCCCAGAGUGUGCGGCCUCCCAGGGCAGGCAGCAGACAGAGAGGCGAGGCUGUGCCGGAUCAGGGCCAGCGCUCUCGCUCCAACUCCAGGCCCAGGGUGGAGAUCUACCCACGGGGAGGCUCCUUGACCGGCUCCCUGGAGAAGAGCACUGCGGCCGGGGCUCCCCAGCGACCCUCAGCCCCUAGCCCCAGUGUUGGAGGAACCACCAGGCUGGUGGAUAGGUACAUGUUGCCUCAAGAAGGCCUUGGAUUCAUGCUGUCCAGCAAACAUGGCCUGGCAGAGUACAGCAGAGCCAGGAGCUCGCCUCAGCCCCAGCCCAAGUCCAGCAGCUCCCAGUCUCACCCCCAGUCCCAGGGCAGACCCAGGGCAGAGCGCCCAGCCCACAACACCACCACGGCAGGCCAGGGCUAUGGAGCCUCCCACUCCCAGACACUUGGGAGCGCUGUCCAGGUAUCCUCCACCUCUUCCUCCUACCCCUCCUCAGCCCAGCAUGCGGAGGUGAAACAGGAGGAGGCACGGGGGGUGGAGACACCAGAGCUGCCCAUGGACAUCUUGAGCUUCCUGAAGAACUGUAACUCCAAUGACCUGGCGACGCUCUACCACCGCUGGGGUGCCGCCAACCCCCUCCUGAACCCCACAGGGAUGCUGAGGUCUCCGGUUCGACAAGGGGAAUACGGCUGCCAAGAGUGCGGGAAGAGCUUCAGUCAGCCCAGUCACCUCCGCACACACAUGAGAUCCCACACAGGGGAGAGACCGUUCCGGUGCCGCCUCUGCCCGUACCGAGCCUCUCAGAAAGGGAACCUAAAGACCCAUGUCCAGAGUGUCCACCACGUGCAUUUCGACAACGCCCAGUACCCUGAUUACAGACCACCGGGACUGGGCCCUGAGCAGGAGGAGGAGCAGGGGGACUGGUUCUCACCCACCACCACCAACCCACCCCGACCUAAUAACGGACCCACCAGCGUGACAUCCCCAGGGCCUAAGAUAGAGAUAGAGACUCCAUCCAUAUUCCCAGCUGUGUCAGAGACACCACCUGACAGAGUGACAUCAGAAUGAGCUCACCCCUAUUGCCAUUUUAGAUGAAAUAUUACCAGGACUAUUUGAAAUGUGUUCAAAAAUAAGAACUAAAAGGAUUUCUUGGAAAGAGAAGAGAAAUCGGACACUGUGCAACCAAAUGCUGUUUUUUUCCUCUGGAAAUGGGCAAGGAUGGCAUGGUGGCAUAGCGACGCCCCUAUAGCUUUCCAUUGUCCUAUUUCCCCCCCAUUUGAUUUAGAUUGUGAUGAAAUGGUUUUGUGCAUUCCUCAGGACACUGAUCCCUUAAUAACACACGGCAGAAUGGAGCAGCCAAGUUGGUGAUGUUUACACUGACUGAACUGAACUCACUUAGCUAACCCUCCGAUUGCAGCUGACUUGACAAGCUCAAGCUCAAGACGGUGUGUGUGUGUGUGUGCGUGUGUGCGUGUGUGCGUGUGUGCGUGUGUGCGUGUGUGCGUGUGUGUGUGUGUGUGUGUGUGUGUGUGUGUGUGUGUGUUCUAUCCUCUCGAGCACCACUAUGACGAGUCCAGUAUGAGUGGCUGUAGUGGAGUGACCACUACACGAUCUGACUCCGAGGCUGUUUGGCCGGUCAUUAAAGAGAGAGAGAGUGAGAGAGGGCUAAUGACAGUGUGAGAGGAGGUGCCUGCUUUACUGUUCAUUAAAAAGAGUGCGCUUUUAAUGGGGGGUAUGAACGAGCGUGCUGUUUUAACGGUCGUUCAAUUAUUGGGAGAAGAAGAAGAGGCCGUUUUCUGAUCCCUCUGAUCCGAGCGUAGUCCUCCUCCCACACCCACACCUCCAACCUCAAAUUAGACCCACUUACUGAAACCUCUUAGCAGGAAUAAAGUGGUCGGACUGUUUGGUUCAAGUUGCCCUUACUCUCUUUUCUACUUGAAUAAGAGUACACUCCUAAAAGCUAGUCCUCACAACAGUGGCUUUUUUGGGGGGGAAGGUUGAGAGGUCAGGCGUCUAGAGCUUUCAGGGAGCAUUGUUGGAGACAGUGUUUUGUUUCCGAUGGCUGCGGAGCCGUCGCAGGGUUGGUGUGUGUGUGUGUGUGCGGCUUGUGUGUGUGCGGCUUGUGAGUGUGUGUGUGUGUGCGUGUGUGUGUGUUUGCCCCUUGAUUACCUCUGCGUAUUAGACUCCCUUUAGACGCUUUGCAUACUACCUCCUUUGCAAAAAAAAGCUUGUUUUGGUUUUUGUACGGCCAGGUAUGAAGUGAGGACCAAAGCCAUGCUUGUAUACUGUAUAUACCAUAUAAGCAGAGGCUUCACUGUAACCACAUGUGUGAUGUUUUUCUCAAAGUUGCAUUCACCCUCAUAAAACGCCUCCUGGAUUCAUAGCCAUGCCUAUGACUAUUGGAUUACCUGUUCGUUAGGGCAGACACCAAAAAAACAUUUUUGCAACGGAAAACAAAAAUGAGCAUUUCUGAUUGGACAAAUCCAGAAGUGCCCUUCCUGUUUCAGUCCACUUUCUUCCGUUGGGCGCCUAAUGAACACACCCCAGGUGAGGUGAAGCUCUAAUAAGUUAGUCAUUCUUGUUUUGUUGCAUGGAUGUCAACAUGUUCGUUCAGACAAGCAGACUAUUGGUCAGACAGUCUUUUUGAGCAAACGUAUACACGCAAGGCCACAUGCACUGUACAAGACAGUGCAAAUGUCAACGUGUGAGACAAAUAGAAGUGAAUAAUUAUCAGCUGUUUAGAAUUAAAACCAAAAAAAUUGGGGGGGAUUCAAAGAUAUGGAAUUGUUGUCAUGGGACAUAAUACUGUCUACUUUGAGACCUCGGUAGUAGUUUUUACAUGAACACAAGAUGAAACAAUUUCUGUGUCAGUUUCUUUAUAUGGUUGGUUGAAUAUGCAUACAACAGUGUGCUUAUGUAUACCGACACAUACUGUACGUGUAUAUUAAAGAUGAGGAUAGUCAAAUAAUUGUAACGGAUAUUAUAGCCUAUCAAGUAGUGUCCUUAAUAAUUAGUGCCCUUAAAUACUGUUGUACAGAAUUACCCUUUAAGAUUAACUCCUAGAAUACACAUUUGUACUCGUAAGUGUGACUUAGCAGAUAUGAGCAGACCACACGGGAGUGAGAGAGUGAGUAUUUGUCACAGCGUUAGAUACCAAAUGGCAUUUCCAGUGCACUUAGACUAUGUUACUGCUUUAACCCGUUUAACUGUCUUCAUUUCAUUCAGUCUUUGAUUGGUAAAGGUGGUCCAGUUCAAUGUCACCUCUGGUUUUUAAUCAUUAUUGUUCUAUUAUUAAAGAUAUCCAUGAUUUAUUUAAUAUCAUUUGCUAUGUGUUUUUGUUUUAGGCAUUUGGUUUGUAUUACACUGCUCAGUUCAGUUUUCGAAUGGAAAAUGAUAGAGUGUGUUUUUAGUCUCUCUCUCUUUGCUAAAAAGUAGAACUUCUUCAGUAGAUAGCCAUGGUUACCCUCCCAAAGAAUGUGGUGGAAGUCAUUAUUUCUAUUUGGUUGGGGUUUUAACAAUGCCUCCAAGUUGUGUGUGUGUGUGUUGGCUUUUAAUUUGUAAUUAACUACAUUGUCAUUGUUCCGUAGAGGACAUCAUUUGGAAUGUAUUUGGUUGACAUCGGUAUUUAUUAGUUACAAUGAUCAGAGCAGAAGCAGACAGGAAUUGUUUUAUUUGAUUCUUUUCAGACUUUGUUUUUUUAUACUUCGUUUUCACUGUCCCUGAUGUGAAAGCUCUACCUCGUCUGAGACCUCCUCAGUUCUGUUAAAGUUUUGUACAUCGUUGCAGAAAAUGUAAAAGUCAUCAUGUCCACAUUAAAUACACGAACAUGACACCAUUCAA